AAUCACAGAAUGGACUUCUGGAAUCUGGCAAUCAGCCUCAUUUACUUAUCACAAACUACAGCUGGAAUUCUGGGAAAUUUUUCCCUAAUUUUCUACUAUCUAGCCCUUUACUGCAGAGAAAACAUGUUAAAGCCCACAGACUGGAUUCUCGUGCACUUAAUGGCAUCCAAUACCUUGAUCAUUCUCUCUACAGGAGUGCCCCAAACAAUUUCAGUUUGGGGAUUUAAGCAGUUCUUGAAUGAUUUUGGAUGCAAGCUCCUGUUGUACAUUCAAGGCUUUGGUAGGAGUGUGUCUAUUGGCACCACCUGCCUCUUGAGUGUCUUCCAGGCCUUGACCAUUAGUCCAAGGAAAUCGUGUUGGAAGAAGCAUAAAGUCAAAUUUGAGAAGAUCACUGGCUGCCACAUCUCUCUCAUUUGGAUCCUGUUCAUACUGAUAAAUUUUAUUUAUUUUCCAUAUACAUUUAUCAGUAGGGAUAGCAAAAAUAUGACAAGAAAACGAGAUUUUGUUUACUGCUCUAUUGUAGGGCGAGAAGAAAUUAGCACUUCACUCUAUACAGCAUUGGUAGUUUUCCCUGAAGUCUUCUUUUCUGUGCUCAUGGCCUGGUCCAGUGGCUUCAUGAUUGUCAUUCUAUACAGACACAAGCAGAGGGUUCAACACAUCCGUACCACCCAGUGUUCCAGCAGAAACUCCCCAGAAUCUAUAGUAACCCAGAACAUUCUGGUCCUUGUGUUUACUUUUCUGGCUUUUCAUACUCUCUCCUCCAUCUUAAGAGGCUACACUAUUCUUUUAUAUAAUCAUAACUGGUGGUUGGUUAACACCAAUCGCAUCAUUUCUCUCUGUUUUCCAUUGUUUUUACCCUUUAUUCUCAUAUAUCGUUACUCCAUUGUAUCCAAACUUCAUUUGGUCUGUAUAAGAAAUACAAAUAAUUUAAUCUCAUUGUAA